AUGCCUCCUGCGACUCCUCUGCGUGCUGCCCGGCGCUCCCUGUAUAUAUGCCAGAGCUGCCGUCAGCAUCUGCGCGCGAACGAAACCGCGAGACUUGCGUCCAACUCGAGCCACCCGCAGCAGAGAUGGAUCUCGAAAGGCCAUGUUCGAAAAAUCCAAGAGGCGGAGAAAGAAUGGCGGACAAGAGCCGAACACAUCGAGGCCGGGCAGAUAAGGCCGUUUUUGAGUCUGCUUGAGGAGAGAGGCUACAUCAACCAAACCGUCGGUUCGAAGGAAGACUUGAACCGUCUACUCACCCAUCGCCGGGUCGGCGUGUAUGCGGGAAUCGAUCCUACUGCGCCGUCGAUGCACGUCGGUCAUAUGAUACCGUUCAUGGUGCUGGCAUGGUUCUACAUACACGGCUAUGAUACCCAUUUUGUUUUGGGAGGUUUCACUGCCAGCAUAGGUGAUCCGACGGGCCGGUUGACCGGUCGCCAACAACAAACGCCCUCUCAGCGAAAAGCCAAUAUGGCUGCCAUGCACGCGCAGUUAAAAAGACUUGGAGUGUCCAUUGAGAAAUAUGCCGCCCGACGGGGGUACGUGAAGGAGUGGGCCUGGCACCGAGCCCUGGAUAACAAUGUGACUUGGUGGAAGAAUACGUCGGCGAGAGACUUCUUGGCGAUUCUGGGUCGGCAUGUCCGCAUAGGUCCUAUGCUGGGCAGAGAUACGGUCAAGAAUAGAAUGGAAAAGGGCGAUGGCAUGUCCUUCGCCGAGUUCAGCUAUCCCCUUGUCCAAGCCUGGGAUUGGUGGCAUCUCUUCCAGAAAGGAGUCCAAAUCCAGGUUGGCGGAGCGGAUCAAUUCGGCAAUAUCCUCGCCGGGGCCGAAGCCAUCAAACAGAUGGCCAAGGAGUCGCAUGAGUAUCAGCAAGCGCUGCGACAGACGCAGUUGAUCGAUGAGGAGAAUGGAGUCAAUGUCACUCCGGACCCCAUGGGAUUGACGGUCCCGCUGCUCACCACGGCUUCUGGGGAGAAGUUUGGCAAAAGCGCUGGAAAUGCCGUUUGGCUGGACCCGGAGAUGACCAGCAUUUUCGAUCUCUAUCAAUUCUUUUUGCGAACCGCCGACGCCGAUGUGGAAAAAUACUUGAAGCUGUUCACGUUUUUGCCGUUGGCGGAGAUUCGCGCGGUGAUAGAAGAACACGAAAAGGAUCAGUCCAAGCGUGUGGCUCAGCACAAACUUGCCAAAGAGUUUGUGGAACUCAUCUACGGGCAUGAAGCUGCAGACACUGCCGAGGCGGAACAUCGACAGCUGUUCAACAAGAAGCUCUCCCUCAGUGAUAUCACGGCGAGCUUGGCUGAAGCGAGAUCGACUCAGCCUGCAGCCGCUGACAGCCCAAGUUUUAUCAAUCCUUCGUUGAAUAAACAUGCGCAACCGCUGCGCCGUGAGGAUAAUGCCGCGGUCCAUGUCAAAUUGCCCAAGAGCCUGGUCAUUGGAAAACCUUUGAGUCAUGUCCUUUGGGCCGUGGGCCUGGCAGGAUCUCGCACCGAAGGGCAGCGACUGAUCAACGCUGGAGGUGCCUACAUUGGAGCCAAUGCAGACGCAAAGAGCGGCAUGGAUGAUGCGCUCAGCUUCACGCCAGCUAAGACUGCCGCGUGGGAGGAGCUCUCCAAAUUCAUCAUUGAUGAAAAGAUCCUCAUCCUCCGAGUGGGUAAGUGGCGGUUGAAAAUCAUAGAUAUCGUUCCGGAUGAGGAGUAUGAAGCUGCCGGAUUGACCUGUCAGGCUUGGGAGUCGCUCAAAGAAGCUCAAGCCAGAGAACAAGAACAACAGCAGCAGCCGGGUGCAGAACCUGCUGGGCAGAAGGCACAGGCAUCCUGA